AUGAAAAAGUUCUCUUGCUCCCCAUUGUGGCUCACGGCACUGAUCAUCGCACCAAUCUUGCAUCUCCCAAGCACUGCUUGUUCAACAAUCCCCAAAGCUUCACCCGUUCUCGGACAGCCGAUUUUGUCUAAGCGAGCAGUAAUAGUGCCGCCUCGUUUUGUGAUCAUUCCGAUCUUUGGCCCGGUCUCCUUCACAGAGAUCUUCAACUGGGGAUGUCCGACUCCAACGGAUAAUAAUCGUGUUGGUCAUGGUGGGUAUGAGAGCAGAGUGAAGCAAGUAGCCACGCAAGCGAUCGAUCAGGCGGUCGUUGAACAGUACGCCAAGGCGCAUCCGGAGAUGGCUAAGGAGGUGUCAUUAGACUUGCGAGAGAUAUUAAGGCUCGAGGAGCAAUCCGGCCAAUUAGUGUCGCAAAUAGACCAUGCCCGAGUCAUCAAGGCUAGAGCAGAUCUUGCACGGUUCUUCGAGGCUCACCCCGAGCUGCAGGCCCAGGCCGAAGACACUUUCCAAGAACAAGUCGACGCCCUCUUCCGCUCGCGUGAUUCGGCUGACUGGGAAGCUGCCAAUCUUGAUCAAGUGGCGUCGAGGGACUGGGCACACCUCACUCCUCAAGAUGAUUCAAAAUACAAACCAAAUUCUGCGCUCUCCAAGUUUCAUUCUCACAUUCAAGGCCACAAUCUUCCUCGUUAUACUCUCGGCCAUUGA